CAAGUAAAAAACUAAAAGCGAUCUCAAAAGAACAAAAAAAACGGUGCCGCGCUGUUACCACGCGCUGUUACAACAACAGCAAGAAGAAGAAACUGACAUUGACAGAGAGAGAGAGAGAGAGAGAGAGCCAGAAAACAUUGCAACCUUUCCAUCGUCAGCGGCUCUAUGGUGUGCGCUGGAAAUUGUGCAACAUACUCAACGUUGUGAGGGGAUUUUUCUGCCAGAGGGCAAGCUGAAACUUUGUUGCCGAUACCAAUGAAAACCAAUGAAAACGGCGACUGCAAUUCUAGUGUAUACGAGUCAAGCACAAAACGAAUAGUUGCCAGAGAACAGCUAAAGCGAAAGAAGUUUGGGCCUCGCAGUCAUACGUACAAGUGCCUAAAUCAUAAUCCGCUAACAAAUCCAAUUUCGCGACGCAUUUAUGUGCCACAGACGUGCAUCAGGCUCAAGAUACUUGAACAGAGUCUUAGCCUGAAUCUGAAACUGAAACUGAGCCGCAACUCCUGAUCAGAGCCAAGUGCAAGCGCAAGUUCAAGUCAAGUUGUUGUUGUUGUUGACGUGUUUCUUUGUUGUUGUUAUUUUGUUUUUGGCAACAACAGUUGCAGUUGCCUUAAUUGCCCCGACAGCCGCAACAAUCAACUGACGACGCCACGAUAAAACAACCGAAAACGAAAUUCAGCAAGUGAAAAUACUUACUUAAAAUAAAAGCAGAGCAAAAGAGAGAGAGCGAGAGAGAGAGAGCCAAAUCUAGAUUGUGAAUGACAACGAGCCAGCUCCUUUAGUUGGUAACAGCCAACAGCUUCAAAGCAACUUGGCCCAGUCGCUGCUGACGAGUUUCCUGUUGGCCAAGCACACAGGAGGAGGCACUAAACCAGUAACUGCCGCAACUGGAACUGUAACUGCAACUGUAACUGUAACUGUAACUGUAACUGGUCUUUGGUAUUAUCAGCAGCCAAGCACACAUUUACACACCAAUGUACUCGGCUGUUGAUUAUUACGCGGAAAUGGGACAACUCUCACAAGAUUGCUCGUCCACAGAUUUUGAUAUGGAUGAUCUCGAUGAUUGCGAUCAGGUGACGCAGGUGAUUGGCUAUCAUCCACUUUAUCGUGAUCAUUUUCUGCGCACGCAGAACUUUAUUAUGAAAGGCGAUGGACCUUUGCCAUAUGCUUAUAGAUACUAUUUGGCCAUAAUUGCAGCCGCACGCCAUCAAUGCCCCUAUCUGGUGAAACGCUACGAGAAGGAGUUCAUUAAUCAGGGCGGCAACAGCGAAUGGCUAAAUGGGCUGGACUAUAUACCCGCCAAAUUACGUGCCAUAUACGAUAUAAAUAAGAUAUUAGCCCAUCGUCCCUGGCUGUUGCGCAAGGAACAUAUCGAGCGUCUGACCAAGGGCAGGAGCAGCUGGUCCCUGUCGGAGGUGGUGCACGCAAUGGUAUUGCUAUCGCAUUUCCAUUCGCUCUCCUCGUUUGUGUUCUCCUGCGGUCUAACACAAAAGCUCGACGGCUUGUCUAGUCCCAAAUUGAAAGGUGCGCCCGUGUCGCCGCCGUCGGUCGAUGAUGCACGCCAAACCACAACCAGCCCCAUUAACCAGCAGCAGCAGCAGCAGCAGCAGCAGCAGCAGCAGAAAAAUGUUCUUGGCGAGAUAUCACUGAACAACAGCAGCGGCAGCGGCAGCGGCAGCGGCAGCGGCAGCGUUGGCAACAAUACAAAGCCCGAUUACAACAAUACAAUGGACAAUAACAACAGCCGCAGCACUGCAGCCAGCAACAACAGUUUUGGGCAACACUAUUUGGCAACCGCAGAGCUGCAGCCGCAGCAUCAAUGUGCCAUCUCUGUGGAGGCGCUGAUGGAGCGCAUGAAGGUGCUCUCCCAGAACCAGGACGAGUGCAGCGAGGCCGAGCUAAGUAAUCGCUUUAAGAGCGUCGAGCUGCAGACCGCCGAGCUGGCAGCAGCUACACCCGAGCCGGCUGUUGCCCUGCCGCCAAUAAUCUCGCAUUAUGUGGACGAUGCCAGCUUCACGUACCAGGACUUUGCCCGCCGUGGUGCCGAGAAUAUUAACACAUUUCGCAUACAGGACUAUUCGUGGGAGGAUCAUGGCUAUUCUCUAGUGGAUGGCUUGUACAACGAUGUGGGCACUUUUCUGGACGAAAAGUUUCGCGCUGCCUACAAUUUGACAUACUUCACAAUGGGCGGCAUCAAGAAUGUGGAUACAUCGAAGUUUCGUCGGGCCAUUUGGAAUUACAUACAGUGCAUAUUUGGCAUACGACACGACGACUACGACUACGGUGAAGUUAACCAGCUGCUCGUGCGCCCGUUGAAAAUGUUUAUAAAGACAGCCUGCUGCUUUCCGGAGCGCAUUACCACCAAGGAUUAUGAUAGUGUGCUCGUCGAGCUGCAGGAUAGUGAAAAGGUUCAUGUUAAUCUAAUGAUAAUGGAAGCCCGUAACCAGGCCGAAUUACUCUAUGCUUUGCGCGAGAUUAUGCGCUAUAUGACUUGAUCUCAUUAAGUGAUUAAAGAUAUAUACAUACAAAUACAAAUACAUAUACAAAAACACGCAUGCAUACACCAUAUAGAUACCAAUAUAUAUAUAUAUUAAAGGCUCCAGAGA